GUGUGAACUUGUUAUUAACACGUAUGAAAAGCAUACAGAAGUCAUGUUUAUAUCUAAUACACGUUUAUAUGUGAGUGGCACGCUGCAGGGAGGGGCGGAGUUGGAGUUUUCCGGAUUUGUACUACAACUCCCAGCAUUCCAUUCGGGGAAAUUAAUUCAGACACUUCCGGGUUACGUGCUUGAGUUCCCCGCCUUUUGAGAAAGCGACACUAUCCCAGGACGUCGCCUUCACAAUAACACCACUGUGGGUUUUUUUAUGAACUUUGACGUGUUUUGAGAGGUUUUUAUGAACAUGUAGCUCCAUUUCUUUAUCUUUAUUCUUUAAUAUAAACCAGCAGGCCGCCAUGUUGCUCCCGUCCGACGUCGCCCGGCUUGUUUUGGGGUACCUCCAAGAAGAGAGGCUGUCCAACACAACACAAGCUUUCAUCCACGAGUGUCCAGACCUGAGAGAGUAUGCAGAGCACUCCACGGAGGAUGGGACUAUUCCUGCUUGUGUUUUUUCUGUCUUUGGAAAAGGCCUGACAACCAUCCUGAAUGAGUAUGUAGCUGCCAAAACAAAAGAGUCUUGUCAUGAGGUACCUGCAGUGAUGACCUCGUUGUGGAAAAAGCUGGAUUUUACACUAAACCAGAUCAGGUCACUGCAGAAUUCCCCAGCUAUAUCAGCAAAUCAAAGAACACGUUCACGCAUUGGACUGGCAAACAUGGCUAGACAGCGGGUCUUGACCGUGGCUUCGGCUGAUGGUGUCGUCUGCUCAACAGUCUCUGAGACGAGCUCAUUCAUCAGCCCUGCACACAUCUCCCACAGCAUGCUCGGUCACUCCACUCCCGUGAGCUACACUGCCACGCACACCCGACCAGCUACCGGCAGUGGCACGCUCCAGCAGAUCCAUGAUGGCAGCCGAUUACUAAAUACACCCAGGGAUUCACCAAUACAGAUAAUUGUUUCAGAAAAUCGGCUAAAUCCAGGUCCAAUGUCUCCUGGACGACGGAAAUGGGACACCCCCAGGAAGAGAGGUGGUGCUCAGAGUGGGUGCAGUACCCCCGGCAGAUCUGCCAUGACUGUCAGUACCCCCAAUGCAGAACCUCAACCUGAAGAGGCCGCUGAUGGGAACUUUCCUCAUCUUGUGAUACAAAAUGCACGUGACAAGAUAUUGGGGGACAGAUCGUUACAAGAGAAGCUUGCUGAAAACAUCAACAAAAUCCUCGCCAUUGAGCCAACGCCCCAAACAUCCAAGGCCCCGUCAAGUACAGUGGAGGCAGACCAGUCCAUCGAUGAAAUCCUGGGAUUACAGGGGGAAAUCCACAUGAGUGACGAUGCCAUCCAUGACAUUUUGGAACAAACGGAGUCCGACCCAGCUUUUCAUGCCCUCUUUGAGCUCUUCGAUUACAAUAAAACACGAUUCCCUGAUGGCGAACCAGGGGAUGGAGAUAUUAGCAGUAUUCCAGAAGAGGGCGACCCUGCUGGAGCUUUAUCUACAGUAGGACCCCUUCCAAGUGAUGAUCCAGUCACUGCACUCGGAGAUGCUAAUGCUUCGGAUACAACGCCAAUGACCGUGAAGAUGAGAGCUGGACAAGAGCGUAAAACCAGAAAGUCUACUGCUCCCACCUUGAUGAAGAAAAUAGCUCUCGGGCCCAGCGGCCGAGCAUCUAGAAUUGAAAACAGUUCGGCCAAGUUGUUAGUGAGUCAUGGGGAUCAUCGAGGUGUCUCAUCUGCUGCAGUGGACUCAAACAGAAAAGAAAAACCCUCACUCUAUAAUAGCAGUGUUUUUGUGACAUCAAUGGAUAUUGAUGAACCGCUGAAUACGCCUCCCCCUCCUUCAGACAGUAUGACCAUUCAGGAUCCCGUGACAAAGGACGGCCCCUCCAUCACAACUUCCCUCGGUGAAUCAACCGUUCUCCCCUCUGCUGUAUUUUUUGGGCCUGAAGCCACAUCAAAUGUUUUUAUAGGACCGGAGCAUAAACAAGCGCAAGGACCUAAAGUGCAACCUGCUACAGCCCCCUCUGCUUUUUUGUUUCCGUUGCAAGUUGAACUAAACAACACUCCGACGCUGAUGGCUGAACUACCUCAUAUGUCUCUUUCAAGCAUUGGCGGAGACAUUCAACCAGGGGCUACUCUCUCAGUAACACCUAUAUCUGCCUCUUGCACACCUCCUUCUAGCAGUGCCACAGUCACAACUGUGCCUGACUCGCCAUCAUCAGCACCCACAUCUGCUUCAACCUCUGCAACGCUAACAGCUACACCUGCAUCCUCAUCACCUGUCUCCCCCGCAUCCUCCUCCUUUUGUGCCCCAGUUGGUGCAGCACCUGAUCAUCCAGCUGCCAACCACAAAACUCCAAGCAAGGCUGCAGCUGAUUCCAGUAAUAUAGUUUCUUUGGAGAUCAUUAUUAGCGAUAACCAGGAUGAGGAUCUUUCCAGCAACACAGCCUUGACUCAGGCAGUUUCUAGCAUUUCUGGAGACAAGAUACCCACCAUCUAUCUUUCCUCUCCAGCUAAGUCCUCUGGAGGGCCUGGCACACCAAAGGCCACCUUGGAUGAGGCGGCACUGGCAGUUAGUGGCUUACAAAGCUAUGAGACGCAUGCCAGUCCUCUGAGAUGUAAGGCUGGAGCUGUAGUCGCAUCCCCAUUAACAGGGACAUCGCAGGCCCAGCAAAACUUCAUCAUUCAACUACCCCUGAACACGGCUAACCCUGCCCUCCAAGGAGCCACUGCCAGCUAUUUCCUUGUGACUGAACCCCCUACUACAGAUGCUCAAACCAGACCGGUGCUACUGUCUGCUGGAGUCUCAAAGGGAAAGCCUUUGCCCACCAACCAGUUUGGGAUGACAACGCCAUCUCGCUCUCGAGGCUCCUCCGCCGGGCAAAAACGCAUCUUACCAUCGCCUAUAAAACCCAUGUUGCUUCCUGUUUCUGUUAUGGGGCCGAAUACUUUGGGGAAUAUCCAGAUGGUGUCCAAUCAGCUUGUUGCCAUACCAAACCCAUUACCGGUACAGCAGUCAGAAAUCGUCAAGCCAAAGUCUCCCACAGUGGCAAUGAAACGGUCUACACCUGCUGACAGUGAGCGACCCCUGGUUGGUACGUUGGUUCUACCUGUGUUGGCUGAAGACGCAGGCCAGCAGAAUACAGAAAAGGGUUCAAGUCAUAGGAGAAUUUUAUGUUUUGACUCUUCUGCAGAAGUCCAACCACAAACUGAUAAAACAACAAGGACCAUCAAACUUCCAGCUACAAAUACAUCUACAUCAGGAUCAAUCCAGCAGACUGAGAAAGAUGAUAAACAAACUAAACCUACUAUCUUGGGUGGCAGCAAGCCCAGGAGGAGAAUAGCGACUGUCAGAUGCUCAACAGAUCCCCUGACUGGAGCAGGCUUCAUGAAGGAGGCAGAGAAGUCCAUUCCUCCACAAAAGCACCAGAAAGAAUCUCUUAAAACGAACUCACGCAAACAAGAUCAUAGCACCCAUAACGAAGAGACACCAAGUGCAAGUACCAGCAGGGUUGAUGCCCCACAGCCUGAAACUUUGAAAAAGUCAGAAUCAGGAAGGAGAUCAAAAUCUACAGAUGGUAAACACAAUCAUGAUAAGGACGGUGAUGCAGCAAAAGCUAAGGAUUCUCAUACUUCUAAGGCAUCGUCCUCUGAUUCUGCUCUGAAAUCAGGAACUAGAAAGGAGAAAGAGGAGAGCAGCAGGAAAGAACCUGCAGAAAAGGCUCCCGGCAAAUCACGUGAGGGGCGCACAGAAAAGAGGACUCCUACUCAGGAGAUGCCAAAUGUGACAGCAAACAAGGAGAAUGAAAUGAAAGGCUUGCAAGAGCAGCAGCAGCCGUCAGCGCCUUCGUCCUCAGCAUUAAGAGACUUCAGCCCUCCAGUUUCCACCCAGCCUGCAUCUACUCCUCAGUCCAAGGCUACAAAAGCACCCUCAAAGACCAGCUCUCUGGCCAAACAGGCAGCUGAGAUGCUGCAGGACAUCCAGGGGCUCAACUCUCCUUCCUCCCCAGUCAAGAGGCCUGGAGCGGGCCCUUCAGACCAUAGUGUUCCCCGUACCCCGGGGACCGGCCGUAGCCAGGAGGAGUCCGCUGACCGGGCCAGGACUCCUUCCCGACAGAGGAAAGGUAAAGAUGGAGAGGGGACUCCAAAGCAUCUACUUCCUCCCAACACCCCGGAUGUCCCCACCUGCAGCCCGGCCAGUGAGGCUGGCAGUGAAAACAGCAUCAACAUGGCCGCCCACACGCUCAUGAUUCUCUCACGCGCUGCCAUCGCCAGGACGGGCACUCCACUGAAGGACAGCUUGCGUCAGGAGGAAGUAGGGGAAAAGUCGCCCACGAGCUCAAAGAACUCUAAGAAACGCAAACAGUCUUCUCCCACGGCCAGCCCGCGUGCAAAGAAAGAGUCCAAACAAUCUCCCAGCCAAAAGACAGACCGGGAAAGGAAGAAACUUGUAGAUUGUUUUCCCCAUGACUUGGAUGUGGAUAAGUUCCUGUCCUCGCUGCACUAUGACGAGUGAAACCGGACGCUCCAACAGGAAAGGACUUCCACAUCGUUACCUGCUUAAGUUACUAUCCAGGAAUAGAACAAGCCAUCUGCUAAAUCAGUGCCUAUGGUUCUUAUUAGUAACCUCGCCUGAGACCUUAUAAGCUGUAAUGUCUCCUUGAGCCAACGAGGGACUUUGAUUUGGUUGAUUAGCUUCCACUGUGGAUGAUCUGCAUCAAGUCAUGUUAGAUGCAGCAGCAGAAGGGUAACCAUGGCACUUUGUUGUAUUUUUUCCCCCCUAAUGCUCACUUCUGUUUAAAUUAUCAUUGUUUUGUACAAACAUCUUUUAUUUUAGGACCCUUUGACAUAGUGGUUGCAUGUUGAUAAAAUGGUGACUCAAAGCAUUUUCUUGGUCAAUAUUUGACUCUACUUUGAUAAAUCCAGCUACCACUGGCUGAUAGGGUUGUGUGUAAAAAUAUGUUUUGUAAUUUUAGUAACACUGAAUGCUUUCAUUGGUUUUACUUUUUCAUGUUCAGAGAAGUCUGGUAAAUUGAAAAAUAAAAAACAUAAUGUGAAAUGAUACUUUGUGACACACACAUAUACAUACAUGGUAGAAUGAGACAGAAAAUGGCUGCAAUUCAAAAUUGCGUACUUAGGCUUCAUUCAAUGUUGUAAUAAAACAAAGUCUUUGUGUAUUUAUCCUCAGUGUACACACAGAUUUAUUUGGCAAGGACAGUGCAAGGCUUAAAUGUCAUUUCAUGUAGCUCAAUAAAAUGAGUUUUGCUCACUUU